AUGUCAGCUUGGCGUGGUGCUCCAUGGCGCAGUACAUAUCCGCCAAUGAACAAUGGCAUCGUGUCCAGGAACAGCAACAACUCAUCUCCAACAAAAAAUCAUAAAAUUGUCGCCAAUCAUGUGAUGGAUGGACAUAUGAGCAGAGCAACAGAAGAACUGGUUUCAUGGCUGCGGACACUCGAUGUCGAUGACCACUCAAUACGUCUUAUUGUGGCAGAACAGUACACGAAACAAGACCUAUUCGAAUUUGUCACCAGGAAAGAGCUCCUAAAUCUGGGCGUGGCGUGAGU